AUGGAUCGUGAUAAGAAUCGUCAAGCGCGCGCUAGACGUUUAAAGAAACAAAAAGCCCGUAAGAAUUCAAAGACUCUUUGCAUGCCUCCCACAGCCUCUACGACAGAUACUAAAGCACGUACAAUUCAAAACGCUGUCAAGAAGGAACCAAAAGUUGAAGUGAAUGUCUCGAAUGUAUUGGAACGAACAUUCAGUUCACCAAUUUAA